GUGGAAAUGGACAAUCGGUAUUGAGCCUUUGCGUUAUCCAACAGUCUGUUCUGGCCUACUGCUGUAAUAUCAUUUCUUUAUCAUUCUAAGUCCGACUUCCCAGCCACAGUUAAUCUCUCCUUCGUUCUCUCAUCUUUUCCACACGUCGUUACCCAUCUAGCUGGGCUGAGAUAUGCUGGAGUCUAAAGUCUGGCCUUAAACUCUUGUUACGUUGUCCCUCACUGCACCGAGGGUGCAAAAGGUUAUUACAAACUUACACAGCCUCAGAUCAAUCCAGUAUAUUUUAUUUCGCCAAUAUUGUUUAUUUCGCCAUAUCCGCCAUCUCCGAGUCUUGCCUGCCACGCCAUAUUACAACGCCUCGCCUCUCUCCUUCCAAACCGAAGUCAAAAGACCAUGCCCGUGGUCAAUAUCCCAGCUGGCCCCAGCCCGACGGCCCCCCCUAGAUUCCUGAUUUGGGAGCACACGAGCGUGGAAGCACCUCCAUCAGAGCCACGAAACUCUCCUCUGACGCGCUCAAAUGCUGUCCACCACAGGCCGAGGAGUUCCAGUACCUUGGGAGAGCUGCUUGCUGCAACAAACCCCCUAGAAGGACGGCCCAAAAUUGUCUCCCCGAGAGUAGUACCGUUUUCAGCAUCCCAAACAAGGGGUCAGGGAGACGUCCGCCACGAGAUUAAAGAUUACCGCCAUGAUCAAAAUCACCCAGGCCGUCGAACAUGGGACAAUCUUUUUGACGGUUGUUAUACGGGGAUCCAUGAACCAUUUUGCCAACAUCUGCAGGGUCAAGGUGUCAGGCAACCCCCCCAGGGCUCAUCCUGGCCCGUUCAAGAGGAAAGCCGGCCACGUGUUGACAGCUCCCCGGAGUCUAAGAAAAACCAUUGCACGUUUCGGUCACGGGGCGAUAAUUUGCGAAAAGAAAACAUGUUACUUAGAGCUCAACUGAUCGAACGCAACAUCGAUCUCAAACAUCUUCGGGAAGAAAGUGUUUCUCUAAAAAGAGAAAUCAACAACAAAAAGGACAAGCUUCAACAAACUGAUGCCAUCUUGGAGGCAUUGGCUUUGGAGUUCACAAAUCUGAAGCAAGGAGACAUGAUGGACCACGCAGCUAUCGCAGGAGACGUCACGCUGCAGCUGAGACAGCUUAAGAGUCUGUAUUCGUCUAUCGGGAGCGCCUUGACCAUCCGAGGAGUUCUUACCCUUCAGAUGCUUCAACUCGGGCCGCCAAACUCGCAAGCACUAGAGCGACCCCCUGCCAACCAACUCACGAGCCAUCACGGUAACCUUGAUCACGUCCUUACGCUAGACCGAGCAGUUAGACUCGCGGAUCGCCUAAAUGCCCACCCGGAGCUCCUAGCAUCUAGUUUAACGUCGAUCAGAGUCUGCUCGCUCUGCAACGCUCCCAAAUUCCUGAGUGCGCCGGUCCUGCUCGCCCCUUUCUCGGAACCCCCUAAGAAAGACCCCAAGACCUUCAGUGAAUUUAGCUCAUCACCUCACGGGGAAACAACAUGUUGUUUGCAGUUUAUUUGCGACUCAUGUUUCCUGCCAUCGGUCGUCUCAAGCAUUACAACAGAUUGGUGGGACAACAUCGACUCCGACUGUUGGAUAAAAUGCCCCUUUCCCUCCUGCCGUUCGACUCUCCCAGUACAAUACAAUGUUGAGCUCGCGACUCUGCUGCGUAAAUUACGUGACGCCCAGGCCCUUCACCAUAUCAUGCAGUUCGAACGCGCCACACGCUUGCGCAUGAAAAUUGAGGGCAUCGAUCCAACUCCAACGGCCGAGGCACUUGGUCGUGCAGCAGAUUUACACAAGCAGCUAAUUGAUCAUGGUUUUAUGCGCAGUAUAUUUGACCUCAGCCAGCCCCCUAAUAUUGGAAUCGAGUCCAUGUCAUUAGACUCGGCCGAUGGACGCCGAAUUCUAAGAGUACCAAUUCUCGUCGGCCUCUUCAACCAGCACAAUCCAGCCUCUGACGCAACUGAAGCACCCCAAGAUGGAUCCAAUUCCGUACAGCGUGUACUCCGAGAGUGUAUGGUUUGCGCAGAGACACUACUAGAUGUUACGGACGGUACUCUCGAAGAGGAGGCUCUGUGGGAAGCGGCCAUCGAUGGAUUCCCCGGCGACUGGGCAUGGCAGUCUCGACCAUUUCCACCCCAAUCUGUCCUCUCAACAUGCAGCGCUCGACAUCCCCUCAACGUUUGCCGCACUUGCAUAGGGCAGCAUCUUGCGUCGCAGUUGGAGACUCGUGGCCGUGCCGGCUGUGAGACUUUAAGCUGCCCCUUACCGGGUUGCAGUCACCUUUAUUCGCACAGCGAGAUCCGCACCCUUGCGUCAGCUGAGACGUUUGCCAUGUACGACAAACUACGAUUGCUGUCGCACUUGGCAACCCUACCCAACUUUCGUUGGUGUCUGCGCGAAGGAUGCGGGAUGGGCCAGAUACACGACAUUCCGCCUGACAUGGGCGAGAAUGUUGCCGUGCACCGACGGCGCAACAUGAUCCUGUGCGACAGCUGCGGCUUCGAGAUGUGCUUCGGUCACCAGAUCCCCUGGCACCACGGGCACAGCUGUGCCGAGUACGACACGUACCAGGCCACAGGCGACCCGGCUAUCGAGGCGACUCGGCUCUGGCUGAGCACCCACACCAAGCCAUGCCGAUGUGGCGCUCCGGUUGAGAAGAGAGGGGGCUGUUUCCACAUGACGUGCCGGUCGUGCGGGUUCGAGUUUUGCUGGGAAUGCCUGGCCGACUGGAAUUAUAUCCAUACAAUAGACCCGCUGACGGGAGAUGCGAGGUACGAAAGAAGGGGCCACAACCCGGGGUGCUACUUCCGCGAGGACUCGGCUCCGCAGGCAACUAGGGUUGCAGGAAAUACGGUAAUAGAGGCCAUUGGGAUGCUCUAAAGAUGCCAGAUCGUGCCUAGUAAGGCAUAGAGGGCCCGCUUGAAGGGCGUAACUAUCACGUAGAUCAAAGAAAAAGACCAAUUUCUGCAGCAGGUACUCCUUUGAGCUGGUGAUAUCGCCCUUAUACUAUGCAUGCACG